UGUGGGUGCGUGUGUGUAUUUCAUUAUUAUCAUUAUUUCAAUACGCCCAGAAACUGAUGUUUAUUCUUAUCUAGCAUAUUUAUGGUAUCUUGUGUUUUCAUGUUUUAUAUGUACAAUCAGGAUUGGUACAGCUACGGACUGUUUACAUGUGAUAACGCCUUUUAUAUCAUUGCUUUUUAAUGUUUUAUUUAUUUUCUAUGUAUUAUGUGUAUAACAUUCUGUUGUAAGGUAUAUGCAUUGUAAAGCACCUUUGAGCGUACAUAGUGUAUGAAAAGGGUGCUAUAUAAGUAUGGUAUUAUUAUUAUUAUUGAGUCAAAUGCUCUCUGUCGUUGUUAGGCCGAUCUUGGCACACAUAUUUUGACUACGGACUGCUCCGUUUACCUGAUCACGAUAUAGGGCUCACGACGGGUGUGACGGGUCGACAGGUGAUGCUUACUCCCCCUAGGCAUCUGAUCCCACCUCUGAUAUAUCCAAGCGUCCGUGUUUGUCCAACUCUCUAUUUUGUAUUACUUGUAAGAAUUAUAAUAUUGAUCAAUGCUCGAUAGUUUCACCUUUCAUAUAGAACAUUGUGCUUUGCUGCUGUCUCGAUUCAUGAUAUACGUAUGUUACGGUAAAUAUUGCCAAUAAUUUACAGUUUUGUUGGGAUGUAUUUUUCGUGCACAUGCUUUCUGGACACAGACAUGUUAUGCAUAUUGUGUUGAAAUUUGUGAGAUUUUGAUGUUCUCGAAACUUAAUUAAUCUCGCACGAAACAUAUUCAUUCUACAGUAGGUAAUUGGGAAAUCAACAUACUCAAUAAAAGUUAUAGAUCAAUAGAAUUCCCAAUGCAUAGUCAACAUACAUUUUCUUAAUGGUACCAAUGCUUCCUAUUGUAGAAAAUCGUUUUUUAAUGGAAUUAUACACGUAUUUCUUUACGUUUUUAAAUCUAAUUUUGUGGAAAGGUAGCUUUAUAUUUUUUAUACUUCUAUAGUCAAAUUUGUCUGAAUUUGUGAUUAAUGUGAAAUUAUGUCCUAUACAGGAAACGUACUUUCAUCUUUGUGAUAUUACAAAGUUCAUAUCUUUUUUAUGUAACAUUAUACGCAGUGGGGAAUUUAAACACAAGUUUCUUGAUACUGGAACAUGAUUCCAAAACACCUAAGAAGAUUGUUGUCCAAAAGUCUGCUGUUGCUGUAUGUUUUACAAACAGUAUAUGCUCUUGCUGACAUGAACGAAAAUGGAAAAUGUGUUGGAGAAAAAAAUACCACUAAUUGCUGUGAGAACUACGCUUAUAAUGCGUCGGUAGAGGAAUGUGUCGAAUGUGUUGGGAGGUUUGGCUAUAACUGUUCACAGGAGUGCCUGGAUGGAUUUUACGGAAGAUCAUGUAACAGUAAAUGCAACUGUUCUAAUCAAACUUGCAAUAAAAUAUCGGGAUGUUUAAAGAAAAGCAAACUGAGCGAGAAGGCUGGAAUCUGCUAUGACAAAGAGAAUGAUACUUACUGUUGUACAAACUACAUGUACCUAAAACAAGAACAUAGAUGUCAAGAUUGUGUGGGAAGGUUUGGCGUCAACUGCAGUAAGAAAUGUCCAGAAGGAUACUAUGGAAAACAAUGUAAUGAGAAAUGUACAUGCAAUGUCAGUCAGUGUGACGAGAUACUGGGUUAUCUGGGACCUUCCUCAGAAUUUGGUAGAGACGGACAGUCAAUUCUUCAAAUCGUCCUACCUGCUUCAUUAGCCACUGGAACUCUGUUGCUUUGCAUUACUGUAGGAUUUCUGCACAGGUUUUCAAAGAAGAAACACACUGCCGAAAUUCAAAUCUACCACGCUACCACAACAAAUGUGGAACAAGAAGAAUAUUCUGCCUGUAAUUAUGCAGCUUCCAGAGAAAAAAGGGUUACUGUUAUGCUCCAGCACGAUACUCCAUAUCAGAACGCAUUUGCAAAACAAUCAGAACACGAAGACAUUGAUGUAAGAAUGGAUAUGUCCAUCUAUCAAGAAACACACAUAGCAGAAGACUUUGAUACGGAAUACAGCAUGUCUUCAGAGUUUGAGGACCUGUACGAUAACACGGCUUGUAUGGCUUCCUCAGACGUACCAUCUGUUGAAAGAAUGCACUCAUCCAAAAUCGAGUGUUGAUCAAUUCACGUACGGUGAAAAUUUCCUAUGGGAAAUAGGAAUGGAGAAGUUGUGCGUUUCCAGAAUCAUUCAGAGAGACUGAUAGACGAAUACAUUAACGUCUUCAAAAUUAACCUCGGUUCUGUCAUGGCAUUUUUGCAUUUUUUCGUAGCAUAACUUUUAUCAGAAAGAAUUGAAAUUACUUUCACUUUGAUGAAUUAGAUAUAAAUACUUACGUGAAAUAAAAUAUAUACAACAU